UCCUCUUGCGGCGGAAUUGUAGAUAGGCGUCAAACCCUCAAAUCUUACACACCAUUUACUUUGCAGCAAUGUGAUUGCCAAACAUAUGAAAUUGUACCCCUUAGACAUGAUAAAGUUCAAAAUAUGGUAGCAAUAUUUUGCUUGUUGAAUUGUUCUGGUAUCCAUUACUUUGUUUUCCCUCCUCCCUCCUCCGCCAUGAUGUUUUCUAAGUGAACAGCUAGCUAACCUCCCAGUUUAGCCUUCAGGCUGCGGGCUGUUGUGAAGGGAGGUGCGAUGGAUGGAUGCUUCACUCCGCUACGUUUUUCAGAUUUGUUCUGGUGUGAACAGAAUGCUCUUUCUCCCACAGCUUUCCCCUGAUAUUCUUGGUUUUUUUUCGGGGGGUUGCUGAUUCACAUCGCGGCGUUAGUGGAUGAUAAAGGAGGGAACGGUUUCUGAAGAUUAACCCGAGCUGAAGCUGUCUCAGUGGCUACACAGCUAGCUCCUCCUUGCUGUCUACCCACCGUGAGUCUCCUACUCCAGGAAUGUUCUCCAAAAAGCCUCAUGGGGACGUUAAAAAAUCAACACAGAAAGUGUUGGACCCAAAGAAGGACGUGUUGACGAGGUUGAAACACCUGAGAAUUGUCAUAGAAAAUGCUGAGCCUGCAGAGCUGAAACAGUUCUUUGAUCUGAACUACUCCCACAUCUAUUAUGUCUUCUUUGAGAACUUUGUCACCAUUGAGGUCAGCCUCAAACAGAAAGGUCACAAGUCUCAGAGGGAAGAGCUGGACUCAAUCCUCUUCAUCUUUGAGAAAAUCCUCCAGUUGCUGCCUGAGAGAAUCCAGAGCAGAUGGCAGUUCCACAGCAUCGGGCUGAUCCUGAAGAAGCUGUUGCACACCGGGAACUCUCUGAAGAUCCGUCGUGAGGGCGUGCGCUUGUUCUUGCUAUGGAUGCAAGCUCUACAAAGUCACGCAGAGCGGGAGCAGCUCUGCAUGUUUGCCUGUUUGAUUCCCGGCUUUCCAGCUCCACUCUGCCACGGGACCCCACGCACACUAGACACUCUGAUCAACCCGCCUCUGAGUUUAACAGAGACUCAGGUGACCCCAGAAGAGAUCACUCCAUUGGUUCCUCCUCAGUCAGGUGACAAGAACCAGGAAGACCUCACUGCUUACUUUUUAGAAGCGCUCCUUAAAUACAUGGUAAACCAGGCCAAAUCUCUCGAGUGGCGUUGUAAAGAGAACCAUGAGCGUGGCUUCAACUUCCUCUUCGGUCACUUUAGGAAGUUUUACCUUCCUCACAUCUUCCCCAACUUUGCGAUGGAAACCAGCCUGUACAGCCCUAUACUGGAUGUGCCUCCAAUGCGCCCCAAGCCGUACUAUAGUGUGGUGCGAAGGGAGCAAGAGGCUGGUGAACCACUGUACUGCACCAAGGAGAGCUUCCUCCAGGCCCGGGUCAUCUUCAUCCGCUGGCUGGUCUCCUUCUGGCUUGAGCCGCGACCCAACACACAAACACACAUCCCAGGAACAGAGGGAGAGAUCGUCCCAAAGAACAUACAGCGAGCAGCAGCUGGACUGGCGGCUCGCUCUGUUGGCAGCUCAGACGACAGCGGUGGAGGUGGAAUUCGGUCUGACAGCCACCUGGAAGGAAGUGGAGGCUCGUCUGGAUCAGGUGGGGGCAGCAUGGGGCUGAUUGGGUGUCCAGGGACUGGGGUUGAGCCUGAACAAAGCCACUCAAACACUUCCACAUUAACAGAGAGGGAGCCCAGCUCUUCCUCUCUCUGCUCCAUGGAUGAAGAGCAGCUGACAGACAUGGAGGUGGUGAGGAGAGUACUCACGUGCUCCAGAACCAACGUCAACUUUAUCACAGAGAUCUUCAGACAGGCAUUCCUCCUGCCCAUGUGUGAAGCUGCAGCUAUGCGUAAAGUAGUGCGUGUUUACCAAGAGUGGAUCUCCAUGGAGGACAAGCCAGUAUUUAUGAAAGAGCCAGAGGAGGGCCCCUACCCUAUAGCCUCAGGUGGCAGUCUGGAUUCAGGCUCUCAGCAUGGAGACAAGGAUGACGAGGGAAUGAACAAAGUGGUGGACAGUGAGUUGUUGGAGUACAGUGUUCAUGCUGGAGUUCAGACUACACUGCAGGUAUUCAUCACUCACUCCUCCAACGUUUUCCUUAUUGAACCAGCCAACGACAUCAAGAUCCUUUUAGAGGAGCACGUCGACAUGUGCAAGAGAGUCCUGAACAUCUACCGCAGCCUUGUCAUGCAUGAGACAAUGGACCAGAAGUCAUGGGAGCAGAUCUUACUGGUUCUGCUGAGGGUGACAGAGUCAGUGAUGAAGAGACCUCCAUCCAUCAUGCCGCACGGCAAGAAGAGCACCACACUGUCAGGCAGACUGGCUGGACCUAUCUUUCAGACCCUGAUAGUCGCCUGGAUUAAGGGGAACCUAAACGUCUACAUCAGCAGAGAACUGUGGGACGAUCUCCUCUGUGUUCUCUCCUCUCUCACCUGCUGGGAUGAACUGGUCACUGAGUGGUCUCUAACCAUGGAGACUCUCACCAAGGUGUUGGCCAGGAACCUGUACAGUGUGGAUCUAAACGAGCUGCCUCUGGACAAACUCAGUGAACAAAAGCAGAAGAAACAUAAAGGAAAAGGUAUAGGUGCAGAGGGCCAGCGGCAGAUUGUGGAUCGGUCCUUCUCUAAAGGCUGGAGCAGAGACCAACCCGGCCAAGCAGCAGCCAUGAGGCAGCGCAGCGCCACCACCGCCGGCUCACCAGGCAUCGAAAAGGCCAGGAGUAUUGUCCGCCAGAAGACUGUAGACCUGGAGGACCCGCCAAUCACACUGACUUCCCGCGCCUCCCGGAUGCGCCACUCAUCUCAAAGCGACGACGCCCCUCCUACCUCAUGUUCUGAGGUCUUCCAGGCAGUGGCUUGUGACCUGGAUCCCCCUGCCCCAUCCUCCCUCGCCAGGAGCAGCAGUGCCUCUGACAUCAUGGAGCCUUUCAUCGCUGAGCGGGUCAAAGGUGAAGACCCCGAGAGGGAUCCCAAUUCAGUCACAGAUCCCCCCCAGCACCACUCCGCAACUUCUUUCUCACCCACAGCCAACAGCCACGCAGUCCAACCACUCCCACACACCCCCACCUCACCCUCCCCCACCCCAUUUACCUCUUCCAAUGGUGUUAUUUCCUCGUCUGCAGAGGGACAAGAUGAUGGUAGUGUUUAUGAUCAGUUCUGGCAUCAGACCGGCUCUCGAAGCCGAGGUUCAAGUUCUGAUUGGGUAAGCGACUGGGAUUCUGCCUUCGCCUGCUCAUCUGAAAAGGAAGUUGAUGCAGAAGAAGGAGAAAUCGGGGCUGGGACAGAGGAGGAUGAUUUAUUCUCUUCUAUCAGGGAGUACCUCACUCAAAAAGGAGUUGAGAAGAAGGAGGAGACAGGAGAGGGAGACAGCCCAAGUGUAGUUGUAGAGAACAGUGUAGUAACUCCAUCAGUGCCUGUGCAAACAGGGAUAGCAAGAACACAAAUGGAGAACACAGGACAGGUAGGAGAGACAAAACAGGCGGUGAGAGAGGACAGACAGGUAAGUAAAUCUGUGAGACACAGCAGUGUCGAUUCAGCAGAGGACACCGAGGCAGAUCAGCGGAGUAUCUAUGAGUGCCUGGAGCUGCAGUGUGAGUGGCCAAAUGCAAAGGGAAGCGCCAGCCUAGAAAGAAACGCUGGGGAGAAAAAGGGAGGGGGAAAUACAACAAAGGCUGCAGGAUGGGAAGGGAAGAGUGAUGUGUGGAGAGAACUAGGAGUAGAAAAUCAGAACGAUAAAGAAAGGUCAAGUGUAAUUAAACAAGACCCAAACUCCUUAGAAUCAAGCACUGAAACAAGUAAAACUCAACAAACUUCAGACCCGAGUAAGGCCAAGGUGUCCCGAGGCUCCAAGAAGCAUCAUUUGGGGGGUGUUCAUGUCAGCUUUAGACCCUCGACUGAGUCAGUCCAGUUUCACAACCCCCUGGAAAGUAAAGAGGCUCACUGGAAAGCCAGACUUCGCCGCCUCAGUCACUUCCACACUCACAGCCACUCAGCUGGGGAAAGGCCUGGGACCGGAGCUGGGACAGGGUCAGGGGCGAAAGCAGGUACAGGGGUUACAGGUAAGUUUGUCUCAGUGGCUGGGAUUGGCCAUAGAGCAGGGGCUCAUGAGAAGCUAGUUUCUGGGACUGUUAUGGAUAGCAGCGGGGCAGGGAACACCACUCACACUGGAGGCCUGGAAAACAGGGCUGAGACUGAGGGGCACAGGGACAAGCAUCAUUCAGGGUCCAGUGUGGGAUCCAACUCAGGAUCUGAGAGUCACUCAGAGCUGUCCUCUGGCGUCACGUCAGGGGUGCGCGGGCGUUUGGGGCGUUCUGCCUUGCGAUCUCGAGCCUCUCGCUCGAGAUCCCAGGAGCCCGGCAGCACUUCCUCCAGACACCACCAGGGGGCUCUCCUUGGUGGCGUUUAUAAGAGUGUGGUUCACGCUCUGUCCUCAAAGCCCCGGCCCAGAGGUCAGGGAUCAUCCCAAGGCUCGUCUCCACAGAGGCAGGGCCGGGCAGCUAUGGGCGAUGCUUCACUAAGAGACCUCUACUCCCAUGUCCUGGGCUACUUUGGAAGAAAGACGACCCAGCCAGUCAACAAAGAAGAGGUGGUGCAAAAGGCCCGUCCAGUCUCGAGUGACGUCGGAAGCACCAAUCCAAACUUCUCAGACCUCAUGGAUGAGUUCAUUCAGGAGAGGCUGAGGGCCAAAGGGACAGCGGGCCGUCGUGGCAGCAGCCCGGGAAGUCUUGAGAUUCCCAGAGACCUGCCGGAGCUGUUGGAGGCAGGUCAGAGUCCCGGAUCACGGCCUUCGGAUGAUCACCGUCCUAUCGAUGAUCCAGGAGUUCCCUCUGAAUGGACGUCACCAGCAAGCGCUAGUGGUUCUGAUGUUGUUAGCUCUGACAGCCAAUCAGACUCCUUUAAUGCCUUUCAGUACUCCACCUGCAAGUUUGACAAUUUUACUUUCAAUUCAGAAGCAUGUGCAGGAAGCUCUGGGUCAGGAGGAGGAGGAGGACGAGGCAGCUCUCUGGACCAGGACAGCCUGGGAGGAGGCGUGGCCUGUGAAGAACAGGAAGUAGCAAGUUUGACAACACUUCACCUUGACUCAGAGACCAGCAGCCUCAGCCACACUGUGACUGUCACUGGUUCUGAGAGCGCCUCUCCCAUGCAUUCUCUCGGAGGCUCUCGAUCUCAGACGCCCUCCCCUGCCACACUCACAGCAGAGCACGCUGAUCGCGCACACUCCCACUCACACACACACCUACAGCUGGACCAGAAGCUCCACAACUCUGUCCUGCAAACUCCAGAUGAUUUAGAAACGAGUGAGUUCCCCAGUGAGGACUGCAGUGUGAUGGCAGGCGGCUCUUUAACUGGAUGGCACUCGGAUGUUGCCACGGUAAUGUGGCGGAGGAUGCUUGGUAUCCUGGGGGAUGUUAAUACCAUCAAAGACCCAGAGAUCCAUGCUCAGGUCUUUGACUAUCUGUGUGAACUGUGGCAAAACCUGGCCAAAAUAAGAGAUAAUUUGGGCAUUUCUCUGGACAACCAGUCAUCUCCUCCUCCUCCUGUUCUCAUCCCACCCCUGAGAAUUCUCACUCCAUGGCUCUUUAAGGCCACCAUGCUGACCGAACGUUACAAGCAGGGGAAGCUACACGCCUACAAACUGAUCUGCAGGAUCAUGAAGAGACGGCAAGAUGUUUCCCCAAACACAGACUUCCUCACACACUUCUACAACAUAAUGCACCACGGACUGAUGCACCAAGACCAGGACAUUGUGAACACCAUUAUAAAGCACUGCAGUCCCAGGUUCUUCAGUAUUGGUCUACCUGGAGCCACCAUGCUGAUCCUGGACUUUAUCAUUGCAGCUUCAAGAGUUACUGUCUGCUCAUCCCUCAAUGCUCCCAGAGUAGAGGCCCAGAUCCUGCUCGGUUCUCUGGUGUGUUUCCCAAACUUGUAUGGGGAGCUUCCAGCCCUUCAUCCCACCACAGCUGAUGUGGUGCUCACCAAGUUCCCUGAUGUGAAGGAACACAUUAUUAAAACCAUCCUGACAUCUGCAAGGGAUGAACCCUCUGCUCCUGCAAGGUGUGUGGCUUUGUGCAGUCUGGGUAUCUGGAUGUGCGAGGAGUUGGCUAACGGGACUCAUCAUCCACUGAUUAAAGAAGCCCUCAACGUCCUCUGUGUGACUUUGAAGUAUCCCAAUAAGAACGUAGCACUGGUGGCGUCAGACAUCCUUCACCUCCUGAUCAGUCACGUGGAUCACCUGCAGAAGUUCCCUCCUGAGACUCCAAAGAAGAUUGUAGAGAUUUUGAUUGCCACCAUCACAUUCUUGCUUCCUUCCACCGAGUCUUCUCCUCAUGAGCUUGAUAAGAGGCUGGUGGUGUCCCUCUUGUUGUGUCUGUUGGACUGGGUGAUGGCUCUUCCUCCAAAAACUCUCCUCCAACCUGUUCAGACACGAAGCCCCCCAGAGAAGGACCAGCCGACCAAGACUCUGCUCAGCUGCAUUUACAAGGUGUUGCACGGUUGUGUGUACGGAGCCCAGUCUUUCAACAGUCCCAAGUAUUACCCACUGCAGCUGUCAGACCUGUUGAGUCCAGACUACGACCCGUUCCUGCCGUUAGAGAGCCUCCGAGAACCAGAACCUCUGCACAGCCCGGACUCUGAACGCUCCAGCAAACUCCAGCCUGUCACUGAAGUUCGCAGUCGUAUUCAGCAGGGCUUGGUCUCCAUCGCAGCCAGAACAGUUAUCACACACUUGGUCAACCAUCUAGGACAUUACCCGAUGUCUGGAGGACCUGCUACUCUGUCAAGUCAGGUGUGUGAAAACCAGGACAACCCGUUCUGUGAGAGUGCAGAUCUCGGACCAGAGCUCUUCCAUUCACCAAACCUCCAGUUUCUGGUUUUAAAUGGCUCAACGCUGCUCUCAGUGUAUCAGAUCCGAUCAGAGUCUGGUGUUCCAGGAGGUGGAAUGACAGCUGGUUUGUCCUCCGCCCCCGCCUGUGUCCGUGUCAUUAUCCGAGAUGUAGCUGGAAAACACUCCUGGGACUCUGCGGUUCUCUACGGACCUCCGCCGUGUUCCCCAAGUAGCCCAACACACACAUUUCUACCACACACACAGUCGCCUCACUGUGGGAAUCUUCAUUUACACACUCCACCAGGAGUUCCGCCCAAAAAGAUGGAAGUUAAGAGAGAGGACAGCGAAGAAGAGAGGCAGGAGGAGGGAGAGACAGAGGAGGGAGGAGCUGCGAUUGAGAGUGAAAGACUAGAAGGAGAGGAGGAAGGACAGGAGAGGAAUGUCAGUGAGGAGGGAAGGGGAGAUCAAAGAGGAGGUGAAGAGGAAGAGGAGGUGCAGGGAGAGGAGAACAAUGAGCAGAGGAUGGAUGGGGAGGAGGAUGGAGGGGAGUCUGACUUUGAACAGCCUCUAGCUCCACCAUUGGCCAAACGGGUGUGUCGGGAGGCGGUGCCUGCAUGGGAUUCACUGACGGACGGAGAAGAUGCACUGGAUGAAAUGCUGCAGUACCUGGGGUACUCAAGUCCUGAGUGUCUACAGAGAGCAGGGAAUCCACUCAACAUCCCGGCAUCUCCUCCAGUGUGUGUGUCAGAGAAGCAGGAGAAUGACGUGAUCAAUGCCAUCCUGAAGCAAAGCGCGGCUGAACGAGAGUUUGUUCUUCAUAAAGGUGAGGAGUUGAACAUGAGGGCAGUGCAGCAGACUGAACCGGAGACUCAGACACCACAGUCAGCCUUUUACUACUGCAGACUGCUGAUCAACAUACUGGGACUGAACUCCUGGGAGAAGAGGAGUAACUUUCAUUUGUUGAGGAAGAAUGAGAAGCUUCUGAGAGAGCUGAAGAACCUGGACUCACGGCAGUGCCGUGAAACUCAUAAGAUCGCAGUAUUUUAUGUGGCUGAGGGGCAAGAGGACAAACACUCCAUACUGACCAACACAGCAGGCAGCCAGGAUUACGAAGACUUUGUCUCUGGACUAGGCUGGGAGGUGGACCUCACCACUCACUGUGGCUUCAUGGGAGGUCUCCAGAGGAAUCGCAGCACAGGCCAGACUACACCUUACUACGCCACCUCCACCACCGAGGUCAUCUAUCACGUCUCCACUCGCAUGCCCCACGACCAGGACCACAACCUCACCAAGAAGCUGAGGCACCUUGGUAAUGAUGAGGUCCACAUCGUUUGGUCUGAACAUUCCAGAGACUACCGUCGCGGGAUCAUUCCCACUGAGUUUGGAGACGUGCUAAUUGUCAUCUACCCAAUGAAGAACCACAUGUACUCCAUCCAUAUCCUCAAGAAACCCGAGGUUCCAUUCUUUGGUCCACUGUUUGACGGAGCCAUUGUGGACAUGAACAUCUUGCCUACCAUGGUCAGAGCCACCGCUAUCAAUGCCAGUCGAGCCCUUAAAUCCCUCAUCCCGCUCUACCAGAACUUCUACGAGGAGCGAGCCAGAUACUUGGAAACCAUCGUGCAGCACCACCAGGAGCCGACCACAUUUGAGGAUUAUGCCGCCCGUGUCUACAGUCCUGCUCCCUGCACACACCUUCCCUCCGACACAGGCUCCUGCCUCGAGAUUCUUCGGGGAGAAAGUCCGGCACUUGGGGAGGCCGGGAGCGACUCGGCGUCCCCCAUGUCUCCUCGGACUAGCAAGAGCCGCAUGUCCAUGAAGCUGCGGCGCUCCUCUGGAUCGGCCAAUAAGACUUAAGAUGCUUUAGACUCUGCAACCCAGUUCAAACUGCACUCCAAGUUUCUUAAUGUCUGCUCAGACAUCGGACACUUCGCCCUUAAAAAGUUUCUUCAGAGGAAAUUUGGGCUUCUUUGAACUACUGGAGUUCACAUUUCUGUAUUUUACAGACGGUUUAACUUUGCUCUGGCUCAUCCCAUCACCUCCAGCAUGCUGCUGUUGUGAACAAGCAUUACCCUCUCGUGUAUGCUUUUAAAUAGUAUCCCGUGGACUAUAUCAUACUGUAACUUUACUCUGCUCACAGCUGCUGAUUAUACCCCAAGCUUUGCUGUCUGUAAACACAGGAGACUGUUAUGUGCUGCUGCAGCAUGCUGAUGUUUGUCACAGCAGAAACAUUUGGUGCAGCCUAAGCAGUGCAGUAUUAGAUCACAAUAAUCAGUGCCAUGAUAGAAAUCGCUUAGAAUUAAAACUUCGACUGCAAAAAGCUAAAGUGUGCUGGAGAACAAAAGUACAAAGACUUUUCAGUCUGUUUUGUGGAGCUAUUGCUACGGAGAAUCUGUAUAUUUGUACUAUAGUCGCUGUGUGUGUACAGACAAACACGAGUUUUGAUAUAAAAAGAGUGAAUCCGAUUGUUGCAUGGAAGAAGCAAGAUACAGGUCUAUUUUUGUUGUGGAUAAAAACAAGAUCAGGGGUCGCUUUCUUUUCAGUCCUCACAGAUGUAAAUAGAAACUCUCAUUUGCUAACAAUUAAAAGUUGUUGUUGUUAAUGUGGCAACGCUGUCAAGCCAAAAAAUGCUCCCUUCCUGAAGUCACAGGACUGAAAUCUGAACAGUGAUGUGAGAAAUUGUCACAGCCACGAUGGAGGGAUUAUUCUGCUUUCUAAAAAAAAGAGUCUAACAAUCAAAGAGGAGGCACUUGUCGUGUAAAGAUUAGGUUUUUGUUGCACAUGCUGUAAAAUGUGGUCAAGCACUGAUGUUACUGAACUAAUCCUUCUUAUUUUCUAUAUAUAAACUAGCUCUGAAGAUUGUUUUGAGCUGAACAUUAACUUUGCUGUAUUUUUAGGUUCAGUGUCACUCCGUCAUCCACAGAGGAACCACAGCUUUUCUUUUUUUAUUUGGAUUAUACAUAUAUGUUUUCUGUUUAUCUAUAUAUGUAUGAGUAUAAAUAUAUAUAUAGUCGAUAUAUGAAUAUCUAUCAGAAUGUGUACAGUGUGAGAAGGUUUGUUGUGUAAAUACUGUUAUAUGAGACUAGCUGCCAAAGCCAAACCGUGGUUUAACCUCAGACAGCAUAUCUGCUUAAAAUAUGUCGACACUACAAGAUUUUCUCCUUCAUUUUUUAGUUGUUUUUUUUUUUUUCUUUUCACAAACAGUUUGCACUUUGUUCUUAUGGAGUUUAAAGGUUGUUGCUUUGUAGCUCAAAAACUCUUCCUUGAUUUUGUAUGUAUGACCUGAUACUUUGGGCGAUUCAUGGAAAAAAUAAGACUCAGUUUUCUGGGUUUGAACGAUUUGCAUGGUGAAAAAAAAAGAGUGGAAAAAUGCAAAAAAUGAAAAGACUGUAUAGAUUUGAGGCCAAAGAGGGAGGAAGGACAGGAAUAUCAUUGUAUCACUUACAGGUUUUGUGUGUCUUCUUUUUAUUUCAUUGCUUGUGUAUUUAGACUCAUCCCCGGGUUCGGAUCUGGAUUUUGGGGAUCUGCAUGUAUCCAGAGUGGAUGUAACACUACCAUAGAUGAUUUUAUGUGUUUAACAGUCAUUUCAGCUCUUUGUCGGUUCAACUCAAAUAAAACUGACAAGGAUUCAAAUUAGCUCACGUCAUAAAUACUUCAUGUUUUCUUUCUGAUGGUGGCUUGUUCUGCUUACCGGUCCACUAACACAUUUUCUGAUCGAAAGAAAACAAGAGAUCAUUGUCGGAAAAAAAGAUCAAGGUUAAAAUGUUUUAUUAAGCUUGGCUGUCCGCAGGUGUACUGAAGCUGUCUGUUACUGUUUAUUUUUGUGUAUGUCAGCCAGAGCUCUUUAAAGAGGAAAGGGAUUGUCAAACUAAUUAAAGUAACUCGACUACAUAUCGCCACGAGGUCACAGUCAGGCCAUGUCACUGUGUGUAGCUGUUGAAAAGUCAUGUCAAAUUUAAGUUCUCCCUUUAAUUGUUGCUGUUCUGUUAUUAUUAAAGAGGUUGAAGCACAAUUGAUAGUUUGAGGCAGGUGAUCAAGUAGCCUCACUGCACUCUCAGAGCGAUCUAUAUGCUGUUUAAAGACCACAGCAUACCUGCAAGUCACACACUGUCGCAGUUUGCUUUAGGUCUCUGUGCCAGUACCUACAUUUUGCAGCAAUGCUGUUUUUACACUCCCUUUGACUUCAUGGAUUAUAAUACCUGUGAUUCCACAUGAUGGCAUGAGUCGUGAUGCUGUUCAGUUAAAAGAGGUUGUUUUACAGAUUUCAAGCGCAGUUGCGUAGAUUACAUCGCAGCCCUAUCCGUGGCUGACUGUGUGACUUAAUUCAUGUUCAUAAAUGCCUUCUGACCCAUAUCUGAGAUCGUUGUUGUCUCCAGUAGCCACGUCAACCUCAGAGAAUUCCCUUCAUCAUGAAACAUAUUAUCUUCUGUGCCUGCAUCAAUGGAUACUCUGAUCGUGCGGCUGUGAUGGAUACGGGUUCAGCUGUUGUCCAGAUGUGACUUUGGAACACAGCUGAUGUUUGUAACUACUGACUGUACAUACUGCAUGACACCCGAUCAGUACUAUUUGCAUGUGUUUAUCAUGUAAUGGCUGUAUCACAACAUACACAUGCACUCACACACGCAUACUCCUCCAAAUGUGUUACUGUCACAGAUCUGUAGUGUGUAAAAACGUAGAGGCUCUCGAGAACAGAGCGUGGAUGUGCGAUGAUGGAAUUUGACAAUAAAUGAUUCCAACCACUGACA